UUUAAAAUUUUCUUAGCAUUAUAUUAUAGUUUAUAUAGUUUUAAUAAAUUUUUAUUUCCUUCAAGUGAAUAAUAACAUUAAAUUCUUGUAAAAUGGCAACCGAAAACAUGACCUGUCCGUUUAUAUGUCCGACGAGCGAUCGUCAAGGGAAACAUGUGGUAUAUAAAGAAGCUGGAGGUGCCAGAGACGGAGAACACCAUUAUGCGGCUCCAUAUGUACCUGGUAUGAUUAAACCCCCCGAGCCCAAGGUAUAUCCACCAGGUGCUCCCCCGAGGUAUCUCCCUCAGCCAACAGACAGUACUAGUGGUGAUAUACUGACAAUGGGACCUAUUGGCCCUUGGGCUGCUGGACAUAUCGACUGGACGCCCCAAGCAGGAUCAACAGGAGUAAGACCCGUCGUCGACAAAUACUCCAUAACCAGGUAUUCCACUGGUGAAUGGAGGAAGAACAACGAAUACACACUGACCCCUAGAGCCACAGACAAAGCCAAGUCGUUAGAAGUUCGGACUAAACAAGAUAUAAAAGACACUUUUAACAAAUUAGACAACAAAUUACAAGAUUCUGAUAACAAACUUAAACAGAGAAUAAAAGAUCUUUCCAAGUGGAAGAAGAAAGUAGAAAAAACCUUGGAUGCCAUUACUGAUGAGCUUCAUACCUUGGAUAUGGACAGAGCAAAAUUGAAAGGUGCAUGUAGAAUUUUGAUGUUGCCCGAAGCUAUAUCUAGGGAAUGUUUAGAACUUCGAACAAAUAGAUAUGAACCAGACUUAGUAAGAGACGACGCCGAACAGGAGUUAGUUAAAGAAGUCGCUAUAGUUGGUGAAAUUAGGCGAGUAUUUCUUGAGACUCUAAAAAAAGUUGAAGUACAAAUAGAGAAAUUGAAAGCGGCGAAAUCGUCUAUUGAGUUUGAUUGGGGGGACAAAAUGAUUGCCUUAAAAGAAGAUAGAAAAAAUUUGACAUUAACUCCAAACUCAACGUUGCUACUAUAUCAUCCGGGUGUGGCGCGAUGGCCGGAAAACGCAACCAGUCUUGAAUAUUGGGAACAUUACUGUGCGGAGAGCAUUAAAAACUGCGAAGAAGUUAGACAAGAGUCUGUCGAAUUACGUGGGGAUCUAAUGACAAAUAUAAUAAACGGUAGCCAGGAUAUGAAGAUUCAAGCUGAUAGGACGAAUGCUGCACUAGCAGAGACUGUGUCUGCUACAGAGGAACUAUGUGAGAAAUUGGAAGAGACAUUGAAGGAUAAUCUGAAGAAGAUAGCCGAUAUAGAAAAUUUAUUAGAUGAACUGCAUGACGCCGUAAGGAGAGCGAACGAGAGGAACAAAUGUGUUAUGACUAGGCUAUACAGUCGUAACUAUGAAAGACUUAAUGUCGAGAACUGCAGAGAUGAGGCACAAUACGCUUUGAUGGCCGAGGCAAAAUUUGUUAAAGAGUCUACAGAGUCAUUCCAACAGAAAAUAAGAGAAGCCGAUGCUAUAAGAUCAGAGCUCAUGAAGUACAGAGGCGAAUUGGAAAAAGACAUCGCUUGUAAGAGGAAAAGUAUCAACAUAGACAAGGAUAGAUGUGCUAGAGUUCGAGCUCAUAUGCCAACGCCAGAAGAAUUUGCUGGAGCUUAGAUACAGUUUAUGAUAUGUCUUGUUACAAAAUUUAGAUUGUGUUCAGUUAUCAAAAGUAAGAUAGUGAAACUUGCAAAUA